AUGGCCGACCGACCUGACCUCGUACCCUCAUACGUAGGACGCAACCUCUAUACGAACGACAUGAAAUUGGUUGACGAGCAGAUCGUGCGCAUCCUUGCUGUGUUUACUGUAACGGUCUCCCUGAUCGCCUGUCACAAAACCGGAUGCCCCCGGAAAUCAGCGGACGCCAACGCAAGCAUGAUCGAGAACAUUGUACACAUGGGCGGCCUUGCUGAGAACUCGAGAGUGCCUGCAGCUACUAUUAUCGCCACGCUCCAGCGGCUAUGGGUUCUGUAUGCAGAUCAUGAGAUGACAUGCUCGACCGCCGCUUUCCUGCACGUGGCGUCGACCCAGGCCGAUCCUAUCUCCUCAAUCAUCGCGGCAGUCGCGGCAGGGUAUGGGCCCCUACAUGGCGGGGCGAUCGACACUGCCUACAGUGUCAUCAGAGAUGUCGGGACAACCGAUCAGGUCCCACAGCUCAUUGAAAAAGUGAAACGGAAAGAGUGUCGAUUGUUUGGAUACGGUCAUCGAAUCUACAAAGGGACAGACCCACGCGCGAAGGCGAUCAAGGAGAUGCUUCAUGACCUCACGCGUGAGAUCCCUGUAAAUGAGUUGGACCCGCUCCUUAAGGUCGCAUUCGAGAUCGAUCGCAUUGCUAGCAGCGAUGAUUUCUUCACUGCUCGCAAAAUAUUUGCGAAUGCUGAUCUGUAUGGUAGCUUUGUCUACACUGCACUGGGCAUUCCUACAGAACUAAUUACGCCCUUGGUGAUCGUCUCGCGGAUCCCUGGCAUUCUGGCCCAGUGGAGGGAGUCCAUCGGCCACCGGAAAUAUGGCGGCCCCAACAAAUCUAUACAGGGUCAGACACAGGUGGUCCCAGUGGAAAUGAUAGUUAUAUAA